AAGAAAUUGAUAGCCAAGAAAUAUAAGAAGGGGAGGAGGGAAACGUGAGAGAGCAACGGAUGGAAAAGAAAGGUUACUUGGCCAUGAGGAGGGAUCAAGAAAUGGCAAGUGGAUUGAUUACUUCUGAUUUUCAAGAAUUUGCUAAUGCUGCUAAGAAGCUAGCUAAUCAUGCUAUCAAGCUUGGCGGAUUAGGAUUUGGUACCACUUUUCUUAAAUGGAUCGCUUCCUUUGCUGCAAUUUAUCUAUUGAUCUUGGAUCGAACGAACUGGAAAACGAACAUUCUUACUGGACUAUUAAUCCCCUACAUUUUCUUUACUCUUCCUUCAAUAUUGUUCAACGUUCUCAGGGGAGAGAUUGGAAAAUGGAUUGCUUUCGUUGCUCUUAUAUUGCGUCUUUUCUUCCCAAAACAUUUCCCAGAUUGGCUUGAAUUGCCUAGUGCGUUGAUUCUUCUAAUAACGGUGGCUCCCAGUUUGUUUGCGAGCACGGUAAGGAAUGAUUGGAUUGGUGUGGUCAUAUGUUUAGCCAUUGCAUGUUAUUUGCUCCAAGAACACAUCCGGGCAUGUGGCGGGUUUAGAAACUCCUUCACAAAAGCAAAUGGCAUAUCCAACAUUGUUGGCAUAAUACUUCUGUUUGUUUAUCCCGCCUGGGCAAUUGUGCUUUAUAUCCUUUAAGCUCAGUACCUCAGCAGAUGCUCAUUGUAUCCAUGUCAGCAGCUUUCUUGAUUUAUGAUUUGUUUUGUUGUCUUAUCAGUUUGUCAGCAGCUUUCUUGUGUUGUUCUAGCCUGUAAUAAAACAAAUUUAAUGUUGUGUUCCCCACUUUCGGAGCUGUUGUUUAAUGUAAUAUGGGCCAUGUUAUGAUGAUCAUGUU